UCACGGUACCUGGUUCCCCGGGCACUCUGGGAGGCCGGUGGUGGCCGGCCAGGGAAGCGCUCUGCUUUCCGGGCGUCACCAGAGAAGUUCCGAUCAGUUCGAGGGAAUGUAUCGCAGCGUUUGCAGGGUUGCAUCAGUGCAGCUUUUGCUGCGUCCGUAUCCGAGUUGUUGGGUGUCAGCCAGAUGGGUUUUAAUGGUCGUGUCGUCACUGUCGUCCUACUUGGGAUGUUGUUGCAGACGAGCAAAAAUCAAAUUAAAGUAGAUCUUGUAGAUGAGAAUUUUACAGAAUUAAGAGGAGAAAUAGCAGGACCUCCGGACACACCAUAUGAAGGUGGAAGGUAUCAACUAGAGAUAAAAAUUCCAGAAACAUAUCCAUUUAAUCCUCCUAAGGUGCGAUUUAUCACCAAAAUAUGGCAUCCCAAUAUUAGUUCGGUCACUGGCGCCAUUUGUUUGGAUAUUCUGAAAGAUCAAUGGGCAGCAGCAAUGACUCUAAGAACAGUGUUGUUAUCACUGCAAGCAUUGUUGGCAGCUGCAGAGCCAGAUGAUCCCCAAGAUGCAGUAGUGGCAAACCAGUACAAACAAAAUCCAGAAAUGUUUAAACAGACAGCUCGACUUUGGGCACAUGUGUAUGCUGGAGCACCAGUUUCUAGUCCAGAAUACACCAAAAAAAUAGAAAACCUUUGUGCUAUGGGCUUUGAUAGGAAUGCAGUAAUAGUGGCCUUGUCUUCAAAAUCAUGGGAUGUAGAGACUGCAACAGAAUUACUCCUGAGUAACUGAGCCAUGUAGAGAGAGAGCUGCUUCGAUAGUCCAGCUUGCCCCUUCUGGAGGAGCAUCACCAUCUGUUAUUUUUAGGAUUCUAUAAUAGAUUCUCUUUUAAAACUGGCACUCUUGCCUGAUGAUGCUAUCUAGGCACUAUUGGAGACUGAAAAAAAGCGCUCUGUAAAUAAAGCUAAUUAAACGUCUGUGUAAAUUUAAAA